GCGGGCUCAAAGUUGCAGGGCUGGGCGGGGUGGGGGGUGGGGGGACGCCGGCUGCGCAGUUUGGAUGUUGAGGGCGCUCCCACUCGUAGGGGCUCCAUAAUUUGAACGUUUCCAAACUGGACCGAAGGCGACGGGAGACUAGGCCUCAGAAAACCAUGGCUACUGCCAAGGGAAUGGCCAUAGGCAUCGACUUGGGCACCACCUACUCGUGCGUGGGGGUGUUCCAGCAUGGCAAGGUGGAGAUCAUCGCCAAUGACCAGGGCAACCGCACCACCCCCAGCUACGUGGCCUUCACAGACACAGAGAGGCUCAUUGGAGAUGCCGCCAAGAACCAGGUAGCCAUGAAUCCCCAGAACACAGUCUUUGAUGCCAAACGUCUGAUUGGCAGGAAAUUUAAUGAUCCUGUUGUGCAAUCAGAUAUGAAACUUUGGCCUUUUCAAGUGAUCAAUGAAGGAGGCAAACCCAAGGUGCUGGUGUCCUACAAAGGGGAGAAUAAAGCUUUUUACCCUGAGGAAAUCUCUUCGAUGGUACUGACUAAGAUGAAGGAGACUGCUGAGGCUUUUUUGGGCCACCCUGUCACGAAUGCUGUGAUCACAGUGCCAGCCUAUUUCAAUGACUCUCAACGCCAGGCUACAAAGGAUGCAGGUGUGAUUGCAGGACUCAAUGUGCUAAGAAUCAUCAAUGAACCCACAGCUGCUGCCAUUGCCUACGGUUUAGAUAAAGCAGGUCAGGGAGAGCGACAUGUCCUGAUCUUUGAUCUGGGUGGAGGCACAUUUGAUGUGUCCAUCCUGACCAUAGAUGAUGGGAUUUUUGAGGUAAAGGCCACGGCUGGCGACACCCACCUGGGUGGGGAGGACUUUGACAAUAGGCUUGUGAGCCACUUCGUGGAGGAGUUCAAGAGGAAACACAAGAAGGACAUCAGCCAGAACAAGCGAGCCGUGCGGCGGCUGCGCACUGCCUGCGAAAGGGCUAAGAGGACCCUAUCAUCCAGCACCCAGGCCAACCUGGAAAUUGAUUCACUUUAUGAAGGCGUUGAUUUCUACACAUCCAUCACCAGGGCCCGGUUUGAAGAGUUGUGUGCAGACCUGUUUAGAGGCACUCUGGAGCCUGUGGAAAAAGCUCUUCGGGAUGCCAAGAUGGAUAAAGCAAAAAUCCAUGACAUUGUUUUAGUAGGGGGCUCCACCCGCAUCCCCAAGGUGCAGAGGCUGCUUCAAGACUACUUUAAUGGACGUGAUCUCAACAAAAGCAUCAACCCUGAUGAGGCAGUAGCCUAUGGGGCUGCGGUACAGGCAGCCAUUUUGAUGGGUGACAAGUCUGAGAAGGUACAAGACCUGCUUUUGUUGGAUGUGGCUCCCCUAUCCCUAGGGUUAGAGACAGCUGGGGGCGUGAUGACUGUCCUGAUCAAGCGCAACUCCACCAUCCCCACCAAGCAGACACAGAUCUUCACCACGUAUUCAGACAACCAGCCUGGGGUAUUGAUCCAGGUGUACGAAGGUGAGAGGGCCAUGACACAGGACAACAACCUUCUUGGACGCUUUGACCUGACUGGAAUCCCUCCUGCACCCAGGGGAGUUCCUCAGAUCGAGGUGACCUUUGACAUUGAUGCCAAUGGUAUUCUCAAUGUCACAGCCACGGACAAGAGCACAGGCAAGGCCAACAAGAUAACCAUCACCAAUGACAAGGGCCGUCUGACCAAGGAGGAGAUUGAGCGCAUGGUUCUGGAUGCUGAGAAAUAUAAAGCUGAAGAUGAGGUCCAGAGGGAGAAAAUCGCUGCAAAAAAUGCCUUAGAAUCCUAUGCUUUUAACAUGAAGAGUGCUGUGAGUGACGAAGGUCUGAAGGGCAAGAUUAGUGAAUCUGAUAAAAAGAAAAUACUGGAUAAAUGCAACGAGGUCCUUUCGUGGCUGGAGGCCAAUCAACUGGCCGAGAAAGACGAGUUUGAUCAUAAGAGGAAGGCAUUGGAGGAGGUGUGUAACCCCGUCAUCACAAAACUCUACCAAGGAGGAUGCACUGGGCCUACCUGUGCAACAGGGUAUACGCCUGGAAGGCCUGCUACGGGACCCACCAUUGAAGAAGUAGAUUAAUUUUUUCAGCAAUUGGAGUGUUCUAGGGUGCCUCUAAGUGAAUUUUCCCCUUAUCUUCAAACAUCAUUACGGUUCUGGAAUUGACUGGAUCUGAACCUAAGUUACUAUCCCUUUGGGAUUCUGAUGGAGUCUCAUACACCAUCUCUUCACACUCCUCAACGUUCUGUUUCUCACUCUGGAGUGGACUCUUAGGAGAACAACACCCCUCUUGGAACCAUUUGUUGAAUUUGAAUGUCUGUUAUUUAUUUCUGGCCACCCUAACUUUCUUCUUCCUGUAUGGAUGGUUAUUUGUCACUCAAUAAAUUUGUUCCUAAUGGAAAUUACUUCUGGUAUCUUUAGGCUGUGAGUGUCCCUUGAAAAAUAAGGAAAAGGAGAAUUCAUGGAAAGAGCAUGAUUCUCUGUGAGCUCAUCGUGAAUGAUUAAAGUGGUAAGGGCAAA